AUGGCUCCUACCAUCCUCAUCGUCGGCGCCACAGGUAACACUGGCAGAAGUGUUGUGGAAACCCUCCCAGAGUUGCUCGAGUCAACCAAUGCUUUGCCUGGGCACCGCAUUAUUGCUCUUACACGUUCCUCGCAGAGUCCAGUGGCACACCAGCUUGCCAAACUGCCUGGAGUUGAAGUGAUAGAGCAAAAUUGGGUCGGAAUCACCGCCGACUGGCUCCGUGAACACCAAGUAGCAAGAGCAUUUAUCGCGUCACACAACGAUCCAAACCAGUUCGCUGAAGAAUCUGCAUUCUACGUUGCGGCCUUGAACGCUGGUGUCAGAUAUGUUGUGCGAAUCUCGACUACUGCUGCCAACGUCCGCCCGGAUUCAAAGGCCUACUAUCCUCGCACUCACUGGGCGAUCGAAGCUCUUCUGAGCUCGCCCGAAUUCGCCGACUUACAGUGGACUUCUCUUCAACCCAACGUCUUUUCACAAUUCUACCUUGCAAGCGCAGCGCAGUGGAUCAAACAAUACCGCAAAACCGGAGAGCAGGGAACUCUCAAGUUGAUGGCGUCGAAGGAUGCACCUGUUGGCAUUAUCGACGCUUAUGAUGUUGGAGUUUUUGCAGCUCAUCUUUUGUCUCAACCAGAACCCACCGCGCAUAACAGAGCCAAAUAUGUUCUUAACGGGCCCGAAGAUAUAACUGGGAAGCAAAUAGUCAGCAUGGUCGAGCAGCAUAUUGGUACGCGGGCUGAGGACAUUCGCUAUCAAGACAUGUCAUUCGUGGAGUUGCUUUAUGAACACAACCAUGCCGGAACUCGUCAGUCAAAAAAUGUCAUCUUGUCUAUCAAAAAUGCACCGGAGACGGCGUGGGAAGGAAAAUGUUCCACUUCAACAACGAGCAAAGAAGUACUUGAGCUCGCCGCGCCCAAAGGUACACCUGCUGAGGUGCUGAGGGCCCUGCUGGAGGAGUAA